AUGGGUGGUUCAAAUUUUGCAUAUGGCCUCGUCCUCAUUAUAACUGCUUCCUGCAUGUUGGCAGUUAGUACGGCCAACAAGGAUUGGCAGUUCGGGUUUAACAACCAUUGGCCUCCUUACAAAGGUGGCUCCCAUCACCCAAAAUAUAGACAGGCUGCCCCAAACAAGGUCAUCGUCGGCGGCUCCGAAGGCUGGCACUUCAACUUUAGCUACACUAAUUGGGCUUUCAAAAACGGUCCCUUUUACCUCAACGACACUUUGGUUUUCAAGUAUGAUCCACCAACGGACAAUACAACAAUCCCUCACAGCGUAUACUUGCUACGAAACCUUCGAAGCUUUAUAACUUGCAACUUAACCGGAGCGGAGAUGUUGGCCGACGCGACACAAGGAGGCGGGCAAGGCUUCGAGUUCGUGCUGAAAAAUUGGAAGCCUCACUACUUUGCUUGCGGUCAGCACGAUGGCAUCCAUUGCAGCCUUGGACAGAUGAAGUUCUUUGUCGUGCCAAUGCCUCGUUGGUUUAAAUAA